UCAGUUCUGUGAACUUGCUCUCAAUAUUGUUCAACAGGAAAUGAGAGAGAGACAGAAGCAGGCAAGUUGAGACCGGCGUGCACACAGAACACACAGAGAUAGACAGCUUUCAAGUUUCCAACUCCCAAGCAAUGCAAGCCAAAUAAAAGAGAAAAUAUACCUAAGAAAGUACAAAACCACUUCUUCACGUCAAGAGAAUGGAUGUUUACUAGAAGGAAUAACAUGAGCCUGCAGCCUCCUAUCGUAAGCUCCAAGUUGACAUCUGUGCAAACCAUCUCCUGAGAAGUGCUGUAGCCUUUUUGGGAGAGAUGGAGAAGGCAGGACAAUCCACCAAGGAGUAUGUGCUGGUGGAAUAUGAGUUUGCAUACACUGCGAGGGACGGCAGCCUCAUAACAAUCAAACCCAAUGAACGGUACAUCCUCCUGUCCAGAACUAACGACAACUGGUGGCACGUUAGAAAAGAUGAAAACACCAAAGCCUUUUAUAUCCCGGCCAAGUACGUGAAAGAGCUACCAUCCAAAAUACCAUCUGUGUUGGAUCUCCACACCUCCAGUGUCGACCCUGACAGCAAGAAAGACCCCUCCUUCGAUUUGUUGAGUGACAAGCCAACUGACGCAAGAGUCCAGUUGCGUUCUAACUUGAACUAUAAGAAACAUGAGUGCCGUUUAUCUACGUUCGGUGUCCCAGUGGAAAUACAUGAUUCUGUUUACAAACCUACAGCAUCAGAAUCUUUGAUUGCCCUAAAACCGAUUCCAGCAGAACUCAACACAUCACCAUGCCUGAAAGAUACUUCACCUCAAGCAGUCAACCAGAAGCAUUUAAAAAGAUACAGCCUGGAGCCUGGCUUCCUGUUAGGUCCCAAAGGAACUGUGGAUGAAUUGCAUUCACAUAAUUUAAAGGUAAAAGCAGGGUACACAGUAGGACUUAAUACAGCACCCUGCUUAAACCCAGCUAAUCCAGUCCAGCCGCAGUCCAUGGGGGGCAUUUUAAGUGGAACUCGUGACUCUGUUUCUAACAUGCACAAAGAAAACCAACCACCCCCAGUUGUAUCUAGAUCGGGAAGACAGCGUGCAAGCUCUGAAAGGAGAUAUGACGAGACUGAAAAUGUGUAUGAGUCUAUUCCAGAUAUCCUGGAACCAAAAGAUACCUCAACAGCAAAGGGAAUAGCAACCACUAAACCAAAGCUUGUAAGUGAGAAUCCAGAUACCGCUGUGUAUGUGAACGUUGCUGAGCUAAAACAAGAAGCUUCCUGGGUUUCUCCCACACCUCAUCCCACAAAAAGACAUUUGUCUUCAGAGACUCAGGACUGGGAGGUGCAUACAGACGAGGGGAGCGGACAGGAGUUCUACUACAACCCGGCCACCGGAGAGACAACCUGGGACAGCCCGUUCAGUGACCAGGAGGAGGCUACUGAGGACCAGGACCAGGACCAGCCCCCCCCCACCCCCUCUCCCACUGCGAGCCCCCGCGGCAGCACGGAAUGGGAACAGCACCUUGACGAGACCAGCGGCCAGUACUACUUCUACAACCCCCUUUCCGGAGAGACUUCUUGGGAGCCGCCAGACCAAGAGGAGCCGUCCUUGCUGCAUCACAUGGAGGCUGAAAACCAGCCGCAAAGCAGGCCCCCUCUUCCAGAAGAGGAUUAUCCUACAUUCUCUGAAGAGCAGGAUGGAGUCUCUCCGAAUUUGUUAGUCGAAGACUAUUCCACAGUCAAGAGAGACCGGAUCCCCCGGGUGAAACUCGACACAGACACGCCAGAGGGUUGGUCAUGCGAGAUAGACAAGGAUGGACAAAUGUGCUAUACAAGCAAUUGUACUCAAGAACAGUGGAUAAAGUCAAAGGAUGAUCAUGGACAGACCUACUUCUACAAGACAGAUGGAUCCAAAUCUCAGUGGACCUUACCUCAGCAGUCACCUCAGCCCAACCAACCAAGAAUAGGGAACGGAUAUUGCCCAGAUAGCAACAUGCUGAUGAAGAACUGGCGGCACACGAUGGCUCCAGUCUCUCGCAUGGGGUCGUGGGACCAGGAGGACACCGCGAGUAAAUUUUUACCUACGCACAGAAGAAAUGUGUCGUCUGAAUUUGGAACAGAGGUUUCGAGUUACGGAAACUCUCUUGAAACCCCACAGCCUGCUGUUAAAAACAGUCAUAGGAGAAAUGCCUCUGAUUUUAGUGCAGUGUUUGGGCUGGGGAACCCUAUGGACUUCCUGCAACGCCACUCAAAUAAUUUGGAAAAGGCAGGCAUUCUUAACAAGACAAAGAUUGUCGAGAAUGGAAAGCGACUCAGAAAAAACUGGAGUUCAUCAUGGACUGUUCUGCAUGGGGGAAUUCUAACCUUUUACAAAGAUCCCAAAUCUCAACAAACUGGGACCUUGAAGCAGUCUAAUCAGAUUGUCCCUGAGUAUACAGUAGAAUUACGAGGAGCAGUGAUCGGCUGGGCAUCGAAAGAUAAAUCCAGCAAGAAGAACGUGUGUGAGUUGAAAACCCGUAAUGGCUCUGAAUACCUAGUACAGUACGACAAAGAAAGUAUCAUCGGCGAUUGGCAUAAAGUCAUAAUGGAGACCAUCAGGAAGCUGGGUCCAGAUCUUCCUUCGGACGAUGAUGAAAGUGUGAACGAAUCCUUUGGCAGUGAGAAAUCCCCAAGCGCCACAGACAAAGACGAGAAAGACAAGAAGAACCGCUCCACAAGACAAAGUCUGUCCAGCACACAUCCAGACACAGAUCCGAAGAAGGUGCGCACUAAACUGAAGAAGUUUCUGCAGCGCCGUCCAACGCUGCAGUCAGUCAGGGAAAAGGGGUACAUCAGAGAUCAAGUUUUUGGAUGUCACUUAGACGUACUGUGUGAGAGGGAGAAUACAACAAUACCAGUCUUUGUGGUGAAAUGUAUCCAGACAGUAGAACAACGAGGUCUAGAUAUAGAUGGCAUUUAUCGUGUUAGUGGAAACUUGGCUGUCAUUCAGAAACUGCGCUUCAAAGUAGAUCACGAGGAGAACCUGGAUUUGGAUGACGGUCAAUGGGAGGAUAUCCACGUUAUCACUGGAUCCCUAAAGCUCUUCUUCCGUGAGCUGCCAGAGCCCCUCUUCCCUUUCACCCACUUUGAUAAUUUUAUUGCCGCAAUCAAAAUUCCUGACCAUAACCAGAAAAUAAACUACAUGAGGGAUUUGGUGAGAUCUCUUCCUCAGCCCAACAAGGACACCAUGAGUCUUCUCUUCCAGCAUUUACGCAAGGUGGUGGCAUACCGGGAGGAGAACCGAAUGUCUGUUCAAAGUGUGGCUAUCGUUUUUGGACCCACACUCCUGAAACCAGAAUCUGAAACUGGAAACAUUGCCAUGCACAUGGUCUUCCAGAAUCAGAUUGUGGAAUGUAUUCUCAACGACUAUGAACACAUAUUUCAGGACAGCUGAGUCGGGACCAGGUGGAGUGUAAACUUGGAAAUCAAAGCUAACUUUUCAUAAUAGAAGCAUUUAGGCGCAGGUACGCUAGAUGCUGCAAAAAACAAACUCGGCUUUCACUUUAAGAAGUUUUUACAUGAAAUGGAAUCUACAUCCAAUUGAUAUUCUUUUGGCACUUAGCAAGUCAAAUUGUUGUCCGUAUAUGCUGGGCGACGGAGGCUGGUGUCUGAAAUUGACUUUUGAAUUAAGUUCUUCCACCACUUCGGGCAAUGCUGAUUUCUACAUAGGUAUAUAUGUCACACGGGCCAAAGCAGUUUAAAAGAAGCAUCUUGCAAUCCAAUUGUAUAGCUUUGAACUUGUGUUGGUGUUGGGAUGUUGUUUAAGCUAAAUUAUUGCACAAAUGUUUCAUUCAGAGCUGCACAGUAAGUGAGUGUAAGAAACAGGCUUCAAAAACCUCUUCCAUAUUUUAUACUGUAUGUUAGCAGUAUUUCUCUGUUCAUGGUGAAACAAAAUGGCAUUCUGCAGUUCUGCAAAAAUGUGAAUGUGGCUAGAGUUUGUUAAGUGAUUGUUCUUGGAAUUCUGAACUUUUUUUUCUUUUAUGACUGCAUUGAACCACAGAACAACCUUUUUUUGUAUGUUCAUAUCAUAGGGUAAAGUGCAUUAUUGGCACAGGGAAUGUCUUUUUUUUUCUUUUUCUUUUUGUUACUAAUUUUAGAUUAUUCUACAAAUAAUUUUGUUCUAUACAUAUUUCCUUUUUGUACUUGCAAAAAAAAAUAAAAAAAUUCCAAUCAUGUCAUAUUUCAGCAUAUCCUGUACCUUCAUGAGAAGUUAUGGCAAAUCAGCACACAAUGAUGUCAGUACAGUUACCCUUAUUGCUUCUGUUAAAACGACCAAAAAGCCACAAGAUUGAUCAAGCAGUAACCAUUGACCUGAUCAUGUCAUCCAGACACCCCUUAAACCUGCAAUACAAUUGCGUUUAAUGGUUUUAAAGCUAACAAAGUAAACAAUUCUGUAAAUCCUAUCUGUCGAUCACUUCCAUUUUCUGUGUAUGUCUCAUCUGUGCAGUUAUGAAAGAAGCUUAAAGACUGGCUACUUUUAUUAGGAGCUGUCUACCUGAUUAUAUUUGGCAUCGCCCUGAAUUAGAGAUUGAUUAGGUUGAUCAUGUCAUGCGAUCCCUGGAGCGCUGUCAAGAUGCCAUAGUUUUACUUUCUCAUAAUUUUGGAUCAAGUUCACCCAUCAAUGCUGCACUUGUUGGCGAUGGCUAUUUUUAAGAAAAUAAUGCCCCCAACCACUGUGCCUGAAAUGUGCCCAAAUGGUUUGAGGAGCAUGACCUCCCAUGGACACCAGAAUCCUUGAAUUUUAAUCCAAUUGAGGAUGCUUGGGAUGAACUAGAACAAUGCAAUCCUCACCAUGAUCCUCUUCUACCUCAGCACAAAUUGCCAAUAUUAAUUACAUCCCUGAAGACACCUUCCAGGACCUUGUGGACUUGCUGUGAUGAGCAAUGCCAUCUUAGUUGCUGCAAAACAUGUCAGCCAUUUGGGGGGGGGGAGCAGCUGGAUGGUUAAUGACUGGAAAAGAUGCAUUUAAAGGGGUGAAAGAAAUACACAUUGCUGAGGUGAAGUGAUCAAGGAAGUGCAGACUUUCCUUAACCUAGUAUGGUGUCGAAUACCAGCUUUUAAACUUUUCAGUAUAAAAAGUGCUUCUUUCAAAACUGCAUGUGCAAGACCUACAUAGCGAUUGGAAUUAAAUGGCCAGUACGAAUUUAAUUAAUUAAUUAAAUAGCUAUUAUGCCUUUGUAAAAAGUGCAGUAUUAGAUCAAAAUACUAUAAUAGCAGGAGGGGUAUGAGGUGACUGAAGGUAUUGAAAAGAGGUAAUGGGGUUAAUAUUAUAAAGUCAUGGGGUUGUAAUUGUGGUAUGUUAUUAAUACAGGAAAAAAAGUUAUAUCUUAAGAGUGCAUAGUAUUUGUUAUACUCUUUGAAGGAUUGGGAUUAGUCGAUGACCUCACUGUUCUACCAAAUCUCUGUUUAAUACCAGCAAACUGCUAUUAGAAGUGUCUUUUAAUAAUAGCAAUAUCCACUGAAUGAUCAGUAUCUUGCAAUGGAACUGAAGCAGUCCAGUGGGGAAUAACCUUGAAUAAAUCAGAUGGCUGCCAAAUAAUGUCUGCAAAAACUAUCAAUCCAGUUGUAUUUGGCCAAUGCUUGAGUCUUAGUUAAGUUAAUAAUAUUAUGAUUUCAUUAUAUUCAAGAUGGUUAACUCAGUGGGUUUGCAAGAUGAAUAAAGUUGCUUGCAUUUUUUUUUAACCUUAACAAUAUAAUGUUUUAAAAAUCAUACAUGUGGUUCUGUAUAUGAAAGGGCGGAGUUUUACUGUUUUACAGAGUUCUGUAUGUAAAAUAAGCAUUUGCCUGCUAAUUCUAUACACUGUUCAUUUAACAUGAAGCAAUGUAAUAACUUUAAUGAAUGAUAUUAUAAAUAGAGCCCUGUAUAAAUUUCUUUUUUUUUUUUUUUCUUUUUUUUUA